AUGAAUGGCUACGAGCACUCAGACCCCUUCGAUGAGGGUAUGCUCCCCGUCAGCUCCAUCCAUCGACUUCACUAUGAACAAUAUGGAAAUCCGGACGGAAAGCCUGUCGUUUAUCUUCACGGUGGUCCUGGAGGACACACCCAGAAAAGUAAUACAGCCUACUUCAACCCCGACAUCUACCGCGUAGUCCUCUUCGACCAGCGCGGUACAGGCAAAUCCCAACCCGCACCAGAGAUCCGAGAGAAUACCACUCCAAAUCUGGUUGCCGACAUCGAGGCGCUACGGGUACACUUGAACAUUCCCAAGUGGCACUUAGUCUACGGCGGCUCUUGGGGGUCUACCCUGGCACUACUAUACGCACAAGCCUACCCCGAUGUUGUCGUAUCCCUCCUCGUUUUGGGAAUAUUCACGACCCGCAAGUUGGAAAUGGACUGGUUCCGAGGACCCAUUGGAGCAACUACUAUCUUCCCUGAAGCAUUUGAAACCUUUGUAAAUCAUCUCCCACCAGAAGAACGCGGUGAUCUCACGGGGAACUAUUACAAAAGAUUAACAUCAGAUGACCAUGCGACUCGCGUUGCGGCAGCGAGGGAGUGGAAUCGAUGGGACUUGAGUAUCGGUUCUCUGACGACUAAUGAAGAAACUUUCAGACCGCUGGAUGAUGAGGCGUGGUCAGUGCCUCAUGCUGUUCUGGAAGCGCACUAUGGAAUGAAUGAUUUCUGGUUGGAAGAUGGUCAGAUUCUGAAAGAGGAGAAUUUGGCUAAGAUACGGCAUAUUCCGGCCACCAUCAUCCAGGGACGGUACGAUAUGGUCUGUCCCCCGCGGACGGCGUGGGAACUGCACAAAGGCUUGCCCAAGUCGCGGCUGAUUUGGAUUCCUGGUGCUGGGCACACUCCCCAGGAACCCGGAACCCGAAUGAAGUUACUCGAGGCGUGUGAUUACCAUGCAAGCCAGGACUUUGGGAUGUAA